GGCGAGAAGCGUCACAAGGCAUGUGAGCUCAUGUCCGAAAUUCGCGCACAUUGGCAGGAGUUGGAUGAAGAUCAACGCACCAUCGAAACUCACGAUGUCAUUGAAAUCCUUACUGAGCGUCGUGAAAUGAAAGAAUUAGCCACUCACAACACCAUGGUUCACGCAUUCAAUGAUGCUCAGAGGACCCUCGAGAAGAUAGAUCGCGAGUUGACAGCUUUACAUAGUUGUACUGGUGUUGAAUUCAUCUUGCUUGGUGUACGAGGAGAUACAGAACAUUGGAAUCAGCCCCAUGUUUUCCACACCGCUCGUGCAGCUGAAUUCUUCGAUUGUUGCUUCAAGACUUCAAUCGGCACACUCGCAUUUCGCUUUGAAGGCUAUUGUAUUGCAGGUGUACAAGGCCUUGCAAAGACUCACCUGGAUGAAGUCCUCGACUUGAAGAAGAAGCUAAGUGAAUUGAUAUUACAAAAGCUUCAGGCUGCAGCGGCACCUGCACAUGCACAGCGCAUGUAUUAUACUAACUUUGAUACCAACAUUACAGCAAAGUACCGCGUAGUACUUGAGAAGUGGCCGCUGUCGAAGUUCUGCUGCCCUGGUGACAUAAGUUCACGAAAUGAACUUCAUGUCUUGUAUCAUGCCUGGCAUACUAAUACUACUUGCUUUAGGCGCCUUUCAGAUGGCGAGUUCGAGGAUUGG